CCCCGGCUGCCGCGCUGUGCGGCGGCCCCGGCGGCCGCCAUGGCGUCUCCGUUCAGCGGCGUGCUGCAGCUGACCGACCUGGACGAUUACAUCGCGCCCUCGCAGGAAUGUAUCAAGCCUGUAAAAGUGGAAAAAAAGCCUGGAAAAGCAGCAGCCAAGAUCAAAAUUGAAGCAGAUGGAAGCUACUUUCAGAUUGAUCAGAGUGGAAGAGCCCAAAAACUGGAAAAGGCUAAAAUCACCCUGAAUGACUGCUUAGCCUGCAGUGGCUGCAUCACCUCAGCAGAGAGUGUUUUGAUCACUCAACAGAGCCACGAAGAGCUCUGCAGAGUGCUGUCUUCUAACAAGAGUGCUGCUCCCAGUGAACAGAAGUUGGUGGUGGUUUCUGUUUCACCACAGUCCAGAGCUUCCCUGGCUGCAAGAUGUCAAAUGAGUGUUUUGGAAACAGCAAAGAAGUUGACAGCGUUCUUGAAGAGCUUAGGUGUGCACUAUGUUUUUGAUACCACCUUCUCAAGAAACUUCAGCCUGCUGGAGAGCCAACGAGAGUUUGUGAAGCGUUUCCGAAGGCAAGCCGAGGACAAAAAGGCUUUGCCAAUGCUUGCUUCUGCCUGCCCAGGUUGGAUCUGCUACGCCGAGAAAACCCACGGCAGUUUCAUCAUCCCUUACAUCAGUACCACCAAAUCACCACAGCAGGUCAUGGGCUCCUUGAUCAAAGGCCAUUUUGCAGCACAGCAGCACUUAAAACCCAACCAGAUCUACCAUGUGACAGUGAUGCCCUGCUAUGACAAAAAGCUAGAGGCUUCAAGGCCAGACUUUUUCAACCAAGAGCACCAAACUCGUGACGUGGACUGUGUGAUCACCACAGGAGAAGUGCUAAAGUUGUUGGAACAGGAAGGAGUAUCUCUAUCAGAUGUAGAUCCUGCCCCACUGGAUACCAUGUUGAGUGGUGCUGCAGAGGAGGAGCUCACAAGCCACUCAGGAGGUGGCUCUGGGGGUUACUUGGAGCACAUCUACAAGCACGCAGCCAAGGAGCUCUUUGGAAUUCAAGUGGACACAAUUCAGUACAAGCCUUUAAAAAACAAGGACUUCCAAGAGGUGACACUAGAGAAGGAUGGAGCAGUCCUGCUCCAGUUUGCUUUGGCUUAUGGGUUUCGAAACAUCCAGAACUUGGUGCAGAAGUUGAAACGAGGCAAAUCUCCCUACCACUAUGUUGAGGUCAUGGCCUGUCCAUCAGGUUGUUUAAAUGGAGGUGGUCAGAUCAAAGUAGAUGGGGAAUCCAGCAAGGACCAGCUUCAGCAAGUGGAGAGGUUGUAUGAGUCUCUUCAGGCUGCAAUCCCAGAGGAGAACCAGGCUGUGAAUGAACUGUAUGAGCAGUGGUUGGGAGGUGUGGAAUCAGAACAGGCUGUGAAGGCUUUGCACACCCAGUACCACGCCGUGGAGAAAGCCAGCGCUGGAUUUAACAUCAAAUGGUGAAGACUGACACUGUGAAGCUCACUCAGUGCCUUUUUAACUCUAUUUAAAGACUCUCAAAACACAGCUGCACUUCCAUGCUGUCACUGGGAGAUUGCCAUGUCUGACUCUUUGUGGGGUAUAGGUAGGAUUCAUACCUACAGCUUUAGGAUUGUGGAAUUGAUGUAAAUAAAGCCCAAAACACUGACUUAAAA